AUGGCGGGCGACAGCUCGAGCGAGGUCGAGAUGGUCAGCUCGCACUUGAUCCCGCACACGGGUGGGCCCAUGACGGCAGCAGCGGCACCUCGGCUGUGGCCAUGCAGGUCCUGCGGCGAGACCUCUAUGAUAGCGGUGGGCGUCUGCAACACCUGCUAUCCAGCUGUCGAUGCUGCGAGGGGCCCGAAGCGCGGGAAGUUCGGUCGUGCGGUCAAGGGCGGCGCCAGUCAAUCAGAUGGCGUCACCGACGCUACGGGUGACGGCCCGCACCCCGAGGCCAGGUGCAGUGAUGGACGUGACAGGGUCGACGAGGCAGAUGGUACACCUGCCGCGCCCCACCUGGACCAGCCUACUGGGGGUGGCGGAUCCCCCGACACGCAAGACUUGGACCCCUCGCCACCCGCGGCCCCAAGGCGUAAGCCCUCCGCGGCCCCGAUGCGCAAGCCCGCCGCGGCCGAUGGGCAUGGCGGCAGCAGGCUGUCCGACAACGUCGCCGCGGGCGUGUCGAGCCACCAGCACCCCCACAGUUCCUGCGUGGACUUCGGCCCAGAGACCGAGUUCGAGCGGAGGAAGCUGCUGCGGGUCAUGACAGACCUGUGCGACACCACCGUGUCUUCCUACCAGAUAAGCCACGCGCAGCUGCUCGUGAUCUUGCUCGUAUUGGAUGGGGAACACUGGAGAGCUCACAACAAACACACCUUCCGCUACACCGAUGGCGCGUGGGAUCAGACAGAGUACUUGGAGAUCCUGCCGUGGGACAUGCUGACAGCGCUGGAGGGGCUACCCGUCAAAUUGGGCACCUGGCAGGGCGACGGUGAGCCCCCUGAGGAAUGGAGCCCGCCCGAAUGGACGUGGGCGGCAAUCAAGCCGCGCCUGCACAGCCACCUCAGUCGCGAUGGCGACUCCGCGCAGAGCCUGCGCGCCGUGGUCUGGCGCGGGAACUGGUCGCUGCGGUGCGCGGACAUGCUCAACUCCCUGAAGAAGGCCUGCGACGCUGGGUCUUUCAAGGUGAGCCUGACCGAGUUGCGCGCUAGGAAAUGCUCUACGCCGAAGCCUCGCUCGCGCGGCGUUGCCCUCAAGGACGUUAACCUGAACGAGGACUGGCAGGAGGCGCCGAAGAGCCCCGACAACAACUGCUACUUCAGAGUUCCCUACUCCUACCACUGGAUAGAGGCCAAGCUUACGCGGUUCCUGGAAGACCUUUACCACGAUAACGAGGACGUAUUCAAAUUGGAACUUGCCUUCUUCAAGUUGGCCUUCAUGAGGAUACGCAGCGGCAAGAUGAAGUUCAAGAUCGGUUCUGGCGGGGACGGGAAGCACAUGGAGGCCGUGCUCGAACAGAACCUCCUCGGUUUCGGAAACUGCCACUACAUGGACUGCAGCUGCCUCCUGGAGCGGAGCGAGUUCAAAAAAAGUGGCGGCCUGGCGUGGAACCAAUCCAUCGUGCGCAUACAGGAGAUUGAUGGUGCUGCUCGUUUUCUUUCCGACAUAUGGAAAAGGUUCAUCGUCGAUGAAGAGAUUGACUGCGGGGAGAACUUUGGUUUCACGGAGACGCUCAAGUUCGGGGAGUCAAUGAAGGACCAGAAGCUGAACUUUGAAAACAUCCACGUGAUCGACGACGCGGGCGGAGGCGCGAAGGUCCUAGCGCAGCUCAGCCGCCGCGUCGUGUGCUGCCGCAUGGGCAAGGCAGAGGGGCGUUUCAAGAAAAUCCCCCGGGACGAACUGGAGGACUUCCUCAGUCAUCCUUUCACCGCCGUCCCCUUCCUGCGGGUCUGGUGCAUACCCUUCUUCCUCAAGCACACCGAGACCGACGUCAAGACCAUGAUCAACGACAUGAAGUCCGUCAGCCAGCGGCUGUUCGACAAUACAGAGUGGAUUGCCCGCUGCCUGUCGCGCAGCAAGGAGCCGCCCCCUGGGGAUAAUGACGGCAGGGCCGACGCAUACGACAAGAUCAUCGCGGACGCUCAUGCGGGCACGCCCAUGCGCCCCUUCAUCAAGGAGUACGUGAUCAACAAAUUACCGUGGAUGUAA